AUGAGAGGCAAGCUUGAGGCGUUUGAGUCUAUGAUGGCAGGUGGUUUCCGUCCGGGGGUUACGCCCCCUGUGUUGCAGUCGACGCCCUCUGUUGGCCCUGUUGCUGCCAGGCCGAUGGUUUCUGUGCCUGAGACCUGGUCGGUUGUGGUGAGGGGCAAGGGUGGUGCCUCAGCCUCUGAAGUUGUGAAGAAGGUGGUGGAGGAGGUCGGUCCGGCACUGAAGGUAAGGGUCCAUGACGUCAAGCCCACGAAGAGUGGUAGUGCGGUCAUCCGCACUCCAUCUGUGGCAGAGAGGGAGAGAAUCGUGGCGAAUAAGUUUGCGGAUGUUAGCUUGGAGGUUACGGUGAGGGCCGAGGCUGGUCGUCCAACGUGUGCAUGCGGAGAUGUCUCUCGACGGCAUGAAUUUCAAGGACAGGAUAGCGUGCUCACAAUUUUGUCAGAUGGCGGGUGUGAGGAGAUUGCUCCUCAGGCAAGUUAUUUCCGAGAUAGGAAGGCUAGUGUCGUGGGAGCCAGUGCUUCGGUCUGGAGGGAUGUGCAACGUGGUUGCCCACUGGGUUUCAUUUGUGAUUCAUGUAUAUGGAAUCUUAUGAUGGAUCCUCUGUUGCGGGAGCUAGCUGUCUGUGCAUAUGCGGAUGACUUGCUCAUCAUGAUUGAAGGAGAUAUUCGUCUUGAAAUGGAAAAUCGUGGUGAGCAAGCUAUGCAGAUUGUGCAGGCUUGGAGUGGCCGUGUUGGAGUGGAAGUGGCUACCGAGAAGACGGUGCUGAUGCUGCUGAAAGGCAGGUUGGCAUGCAGCCGUCCUCCCUGCAUUCGAGCUGGUGAACGCGGCAUAAGGUCAAUUAGAGCAUUCCAAGAGAUCCUCUAUAUGAAUUCACAUUUUCCGUGUUCUAAUGAUAUACACCUUCGCCUCGGUUUUAUGCACAAAAUUCUUGGAAACUAUAAGUCGUCUAUAAAGCACUAUACACUUGCUCUGAUAGAUUCAUCGCCAUGUACAUUUACGAAACACCUAAUUCGUUUUCAUGUUGCUCACCUUUAUGAAGUCCAGAAUAAAUAUAAAUCGGCCAAGGAGUUGUACGAGCAAUUGCUUAAUGAAAAAGAGCUGACAUUGGAGCUAAAAGCUGCAAUUUAUAGACAAUUAGGAUGGAUGUAUCACUGUCAUGACUAUUUUGGUGAAAGAAAACAACGUGAGUCGUAUGCAAUUCUUUGUUUGCAAAAAUCAAUUGAAGCUAACCCAAAAUCUGGCCAAUCUCUAUAUUUGCUUGGUCGGUGCUAUGCCGGUAUAAACAAGGUUCAUGACGCAUUUAUUGCCUACAGAAAUUCUGUGGAAAAAAGUGAAGGAAACGCAGAUACUUGGUGUUCUAUAGGAGUUUUAUACCAGCAACAAAAUCAACCCACAGAUGCUUUGCAGGCAUACAUAUGCGCUGUUCAAUUAGAUAAGAGUCAUAGAGCAGCAUGGACAAAUCUUGGAAUUUUAUAUGAGAGUUGCAAUCAACCCAAAGAUGCAUUUGCUUGUUAUUUGAAUGCUGCUAGAAGUGUCACUGCGGCACAAGGGCCACCGCCACCAUACCCAAGCGCCCCAAUAAAACGUUUAAAGGACGGAGAUGGUUCUCAGAUCCAGUUAGAAACUCAAUCGACUAAAACAUCUAUAUCGAAUGAACAGUUACAAAUGUUUAAACAUCUUAAACAGAAAGAGGAUAGCUUGAACAACCAUGAAAAAUCGUUGUUUCACCAAUUAGGUAAUUUGCAUAAGUCAUCAGAGAUGCAUCAGUUGGUAUCCCAGCGAGGCAAUUCAAAUAGCAUACUUGGCAUUGAUUUAGGUUCAAAAGAAUUCAGUGACAAUUCACAGUCAUUAAGCUGUGAGGAUUAUAUAUCAAGGGACCCAUUCUCUAACCAAACUGAUCUGGGUGUCAGCGAACAAGAAUUGCACGAUAUUUUAUCUCAAAAGGAUUUACCAACGUCAUUUACUGAUGAUAUAUUAAGUACUUUUAAUGAUGAUACAAUUGGCAUAAAGGAGGAGAUGGAUAUUAAUAUUAAUGAUUCGAUACAAAAAGGGAUUCAGCUUGAUAAGAUCCAAUCCUUAAGUGAAAAGGACAUUAUAAAUGAUGAAAUUAAUAAUGUAUGUGACAUUGAAGAUGAAUGUCAGAAUACCGCGGGAUUUCAUAUCAACAUGGACUCCAAGCAAAUAACUAUGGCAGUAAAAUGUUUGUCUUUGGACGAACCGCCUCCGCCUUGUUCUAUACUAAGUAACAACACAGUGCCACCAUCUCCGCCUGAUUGUCCUCCACAGCGAUUAACAAGGGAACAGCUUUUACCACCGACACCUUCGGUACAUUUGGAAAACAAAAAACAUGCAUUUAGUCCCCAGUUACAGGAAUUCUGCCUAAAGCACCCAAUAGCUGUUGUUCGUGGGCUUGCCGGAGCAUUGAAAUUGGAUCUUGGUCUUUUUUCCACAAAAACGUUAGUGGAGGCGAAUCCUGAUCAUAGCGUAGAAGUAAGAACACAGGUUCAUCAACCACCCGACGAAAAUUGGGAUUCUUCACAAGCAAAACGAGUUUGGGCGUGUAUAUCUCAUAGAUCUCAUACAACUAUUGCCAAAUAUGCACAGUAUCAAGCAUCAAGUUUCCAGGAGAGCCUAAAGGAGGAACGAGAUAAAAAUGGAUCCCAAGGUUUGCAACCUAUGUCAGAUUCGGACUCUAAAGAUUCUCUAAGUAGUGCUUCUAUAAGUGGGAAAAGAAAGAAAAAUAGGAGUGGGAACAAAAUGUUGAGUGAUAUAAAUACAACGCUUGAAGUAAACCGUACUGUCGUCUACAUAAAUGCGUCUCGGCCUGAACCAUCAAGUCUACAGAGGUUUGGAACUAAUGUCGAUUUGUCAGAUGAGCGGAAAUGGCGACCCCAACUAGCUGAGCUCCAAAAAUUGCCUGCAUUCGGCCGCGUAAUAUCUGCCGCAAAUAUGCUUUCUCAUGUUGGUCAUGUUAUAUUGGGUAUGAACACAGUCCAACUUUAUAUGAAAGUGCCCGGAAGUAGAACACCGGGACACCAAGAAAACAACAAUUUCUGUUCAAUAAACAUUAACAUUGGACCUGGGGAUUGUGAGUGGUUUGCUGUUCCUGACGCAUAUUGGGGAGGAAUUCACAAUUUGUGCGAGCAAAACAAUAUAAGCUACUUACAUGGAUCUUGGUGGCCAGUUUUGGAUGAUCUAUAUAAGGAAAAUAUUCCAGUUUAUAGAUUUAUUCAACGUCCUGGAGAUUUGGUGUGGGUCAAUGCCGGUUGUGUACAUUGGGUGCAGUCGGUUGGAUGGUGUAAUAAUAUAGCAUGGAAUGUUGGACCUCUUACAGCCCGACAAUAUUCAUUAGCUAUUGAGCGGUAUGAAUGGAACAAGCUUCAAAAUUUUAAAAGUAUUGUCCCAAUGGUACAUCUUAGCUGGAACCUUGCUCGAAAUAUACGUGUUUCUGAUCCGAAGCUGUUUGAACUGCUAAAGUACGUGUAA